AUGGAACAAACUACUGAAUUGACAUCUGAGUUUGCUGAUACUGCUCUUAAAGCUAUUAAAGACGUUUCUGAUGAGCUUUAUGAGAUAAGCAUAAAAAUAAACGAGAAUCCAGAAUUGGCUUUCGAAGAAAAAUUUGCACAUAAAUUAUUGGUUGAUUAUUUGCAAGAAAAAGGGUUUAAAGUAACACCGAGUGCUUUUGGGUUAGAAACCGCAUUUGUAGCAGAAUUUCAAUCUAAAGCUGGAAGAGGUCGCGUUGUUUCAUUUAAUUCCGAAUAUGAUGCUUUGCCAGAAAUUGGUCAUGCUUGCGGACAUAAUCUUAUCGCAAUUAGUGGAGUAGGUGCUGCAAUUGGUCUCAAGGCAGUUCUUGAGAAAUUUAAUAUUGAAGGAACUGUAAAGUUAUUUGGAACCCCUGCAGAAGAGACGGGUAGUGGGAAAAUCGAAUUAAUUGAAGCCGGUGCAUAUGAGGAAGUUGAUGUUUCAUUAAUGGUCCAUCCAAGUCCGCUAAAUGGAGGUUUUAUACCUUUUCUAGCAAUCCAUCAUGUAGAUGUUGAAUAUUUUGGGAAAGCUGCACAUGCUUCGGGAAUUAAUGCAUUGGAUGCCAUAGUAUUGGCGUAUAAUAAUAUUGGACUGUUAAGACAGCAGAUUCUGCCUACAGACAGAAUUCAUGGAAUAAUUACUAAUGGAGGACAAGCACCCAACGUCAUUCCGGAACAUACAGCUGGUACUUUCCUUGUUCGUGGAAAGACAAUGAAAGAUUUGGAUGAGCUUCAGCCACGUGUACAUAAGUGCUUUGAAGCAGCAGCAGAAGCGACUGGAGCUAAAGUCAAAAUUACAUGGAAGAACGCAGUUCAUGAUGUGAAUAUAAAUGAACCUCUUGCCACGCGUUACGAAUACUAUCUUUCAAAAAAAUUUGGUAUCACAUUUCCAUCGAGAAAAGAUCAGGAUAACUACUUUGGCGCAUCCACUGAUCAGGGAAAUGUAACUUACUUGGUACCUGGGUUUCAUCCGGUUUAUGACAUUCGUUCGUCUAUUCCUAAUCAUCAAAGAGAAUUUGCCUCAGCAUGCAAAACAAAAACUGCUCAUGAAGAAACUAUAAAAGCUACGAGUGGGAUGACUUUAGUUGGACUAGACUUUUUGAUUGAUGCAGAAUUUGCUAAGCAAGUCAAGGAAUCUUUUGCCAAAUCUAAAUUAUAA